AGAUGGGAACCUGAUGAGGCACAAGAAUUGGUGGAAUCCAAGAAACUGUUCUGUAGAUAUCCUGGCAGUGACUUGCAGUAAGGAAGAAGUGGAGGAAGUGAAAGAUUUUUUUUCCUGGGAUCAAAGAUAUCUGCAGAUUGUUACUGCAGCCAUGAAAUUAAAUGGCAUUUGCUUUUUGAAAGAAAGCCAAUUCAAAUGUGAAGAUGAUUUUAAAAGCAAAGCUGUCACACUGUCAGCAAAGAUGGAAGAUUUUCACUUAAAUGGAAACCAACUCUAGCUGAUUACCUCUGUGAUUGUGGAUGUGCCUGCGUUUUAGCAGCAGAAAGCAGCCGUAUGUUUAAAGGAAAACAGAGGAAAUGAAAUUCAUCUUGGAAAACUCAGAAUGGGCUGGUACCACACUACAGUGCUAAUGAUGUUUGAGAGUCCAGAUGUCAGCAAAUCGAGGCUUUAUUGGGGGGGUAUGGAUGCAGCUAGAGAUAGUUUUCCACACAUGCAGAAACCAAGUCAAGUUAACAGAAGAAGGAAGAAGUGAAGGUAGAGGAGGGAAAGAAUUAAUUCUUCCCUACGUGAGGUAACUGAGGAGUUGAGAACAGAAGCGGAUUAUACCAGUGAAUAUUACCUUUCUUCACUUUAAGUUGUACUGGAAUUUCUGUCAAGGAUGGCACACUGUUUGCAAACAGCUCUUCCCAUCUUUGCUGUGAUUCUCAAUUGUUUUGCCCUGUGCUUCUCUGAUACUCUGAUCUUGAACAACAGUGAAAUAACGGUACUGAAGGUUACUGAAAGCAGCAGUGAACAACAGUGUAUACAGGCUUGUGAAAGUACUUCUGAAGGAGAGUUUGGACGCUGCAGAUGGCCAGUGUUUGACAAGACCUUGAAGAAAUGCAUUCUUCUAAACUGUCAUGACAAGAAUGUGUGUCCGAAGCUAGCAGUUGGUGAUAUUGCUGAAUUGCUUUCAGAUUAUACCAAGCCUGAUAACAUGAUAAAUCUGCGAGUGGAAAGAUCUUUGAAGAGCUCAAAUACAAAUUCCUCAGAUAAUACAAGUUCAAGCUUGAGCAAUGGAACCACAGCCGUACCUGCAGGUGAUACAACUAGUAAAACAGAGUCUGCAAGUGAAAUCCUCACACCAGUGACAACUGGCACAAACUCAUCUGUGAAAGUAGAAACCAAUGCAACAACUUCAGCUAUACCAGUGGAAGUUAACACAAGUGAAAAAAUGAAUCCAGCAACAAGCAACACGGGUAAUACAGCUGCAACAUUUACAUCUAACACAGUGACUAGGGCUGAAGUAACAGGAACUAUUACAGAUCAUGAAACUAACCCAGAGUCCUCUAAUGUGACACAAACACAUCAGCCAGCUACCUCUACCUUGGCUGCUGCAACACCAGCAUUUACUACAGCAUCACAUGAAACACUGACUGCAACUAACACCACACCUGCUAAGACACCAUCAACCACUCUUCCUACAACAGUGUCAGUAACCAGUGGAAUGCCUUCUACUACACAAACAACCAGUACAGAGACUCUUACCACUGCAAUGGCAACCAUCUCAACAAUCCCAGAAAUGUCUUCUAGUACAGCUUUGCAGACUACAGUUCUCAGCUCUGCUUCUACUACUGCUAAUAAUAUAACAAGUUUUGUUUCAGAGAGUGUUCCAGCACAAGGUAGCACAAGGCCAGUAACAUCAGCCACAGUACAAACAACUGUAGCCAGUACAUCACCCGUAAUAACAACCACAAUGCAGACAUCAGCAGCAAGUACCAAAGUUCUAACAUCUUUUAGCACUGUUCCUGAAAGUACUCCUUCGUUUACAUCUGCUAUAGGUAAUAGCAGUCAGUCUCCAGAAGCUGGAGAUAUUAUUACCUCACCUUCAACACCAGAAAGCAAACAUACAGUUAGGACUGCACUUGUCGAUAAGUCUGGGCCUGAGAGUUCGACGACAGCUGUUAAAAUGGCACUACCUGGCAAUGAUCACAGUGCGAAGGAUUCCAAGUCUAACAUAAUUAUUGCAACACAACCUUUAGGAAAAUACUUGGUGGAUAAAAGUUCUCUCUUCGCAGUUCUUUUGUUUGGAGUACUGUUUUUUAUAGCAAGCUUAAUUUUGUUUGCAACACAAGCAUAUGAGAGCUAUAAGAAGAAAGAUUAUACUCAAGUGGACUACUUAAUUAAUGGAAUGUAUACCGACUCUGAGGUAUAGACAGUAAACAGGUGAACAUUUUUAAUGGAAAUAAUUAAAAGCUCCUGGACAUUUUGCAAAAUGUGUUUAAUACACAGCAAGUGCUUCCACAUUAGAAAGUGCACUUUCCAAGCAGUGUCAAAUGUCUGCUUUGUUUCUUUAUUUAGUAUUACAUAAAAUUAAUUUUAUUUUAUGUACAAGGUUAUUCACCAUUUACAUUUUCUGUGUUUCAUUUUAUUGUCAUACAGCAAAUUCAGUUUCCUGCAUUGAGUAAUAAAAUAAGCUUUACUUAACUUUUCACUGUUUUUCAGAUGCCAUAUGAGGUGAGGAGUGUACUUCUGAGAGACUUGGAUGUAGUUUGAUUAUUAUUUUAAAUGAAAGCCUUAAAUCACGAGCAACUGUACUACAUUUUAGAGCACUGUUGAUCAGUAGCUCCUAAUCUGUUUACUUUAGAAAAAUGUUUUAAAACCUGACCAUGCCAUGUGCUGUCGAACAGAAGUCAAAUGGCCAAAACUGGAUUCUUAACUUGUGAUUAGCAUUUGCAAACUUGCACAUGUCUAUAGAUUUAUAAAUAAAAUGGGGGUGUUGUAGAUUGAUUAAUAAAAUGGGGUUAAUAUUGUUUACAUCACAUUUACAUUUUUAUGCCAUGAAACGGUCAGUAUAGCGUGGAGUUUGCAAAAGCAUGCAUUAGAAGCUGUCUGCAAUGCAUUUAUAUUUGUUUUCUAUGCCAUAACACAUGUCUAGAUGUAUUUUCUUAAGGAUGAAAUUUGAGUAACAGGUGGUAGUUAGCUGUGAAGCAGCCAUGGCAUUGCUUAAUUGAGACUAGCUACCCCGUCAGUAUUGUAGAAAUACCAUUUCCUUGAGGCAAUGAAAAGUCACAUGCAUUUCUUGUGAUUAAAUGGUUGACUUCCUGGAUUGUUACACAGUCCAUUAUCUGUAUAAUACUUGGAUAGUGAAAAACAAUGGUGUUAACAGUGGAAAUUAUUUUUUUAUGGAUAACAACAAUAAUUGCUACAGUGUAAUAAAUCAGUAAUUUGACAGUGUUAAGUAUGAAAAUUUUGUGAAAUGAAAUUUUCAUUGAAUCUUCCAGUGGUAAAAUAUGCAAGUGUAUUACAGUUGUAAUUAAGGAAAUGUUAAUGACAUUUUGAAGAAUAAAAACUUUUUUUAUUGA